AUGGCAACGCGUACUGUAUCAUCACCAUCGUCAUCAACUGCAUCCUCGGCAGCUUCUUCAGAUACCGAAGAAAGCUCAUCCCGUGCUCGUAAUUUUAGCGAAACAUCACGAGAAGUAUCACAAAUUGCAGCUAAUGCUAGUAUUGCUAAUUCUAUUCAUGAAACAGCAACACAACGAACUGCUUCGUCAGCAGCUAGUCAGACAUCAUCGGUGACUGAUAAAGGCUACGAUACAGUUAGUAUUGCAACAACAACUAAAACAGGUACUUCGAAUACUACACAACAACAAUCAACUGGAAGUAUUCCAAUCAUUCGACCCCCUGUUCUACAACAACAACAACAACAAUCAAAUACAGCAAGUGGAAUGGUUGGACCACAAAAACCAAGUGGAUAUCCAACAAAUCCACCAGUAGUUCCAACAGGUGGUGUUUAUCAACAACCCAUUAAAAUUGAUGUAGCAGCAGCACAACAACAAUAUCAACAGCGUGGUGGUCAACCUGAUAUUAGUCCUUAUAGUGGUUCAACAACAUCAUCAAGUGGUGGAUCUCUAUCGAGUCCUGGUAGUACUGCUACUCAACAACAGGCUCAUUCAAAUGCUACCAAAGCAAUAUUCAAUCAAAACAGUGGACAAUUUAAACAACAACAAGCACAAUUUCCAAAUCAAAUACCAGCUUCUCAAAUUUACAAUGAACUACUCGGUCCUGAUGCUUUUAAAGAUGUUAUUUUAGAUAUUGAUUAUGGAGCCAUGGGAGGAUUUAAUGCAGUUUUUCAAUCGGGUGGCGAUUUCUCUGGUGGGCAAUUGCCACCGGGUAUAAAUGUUCGUCCAGCUUACACACAAGUUGAUUCUCUUAAUUAUCAACAACAUAUGUUUAAUACAGCUCGAACAAUAAAUGUAGGUGGUGAAAAUAAUAAUUAUGAUUACAAUGGUGCGAGCAGUAAUUAUAAUCUUAAUGAAUUUAAUAACGCUUAUGGUGCAACUAAUGCGAGCAGUAAUUAUGAUAUGGGUGAUACUAGUAAUUCAUAUGGUGGCGCUGGCGGUGGACAACAUUUUGAUAUUGCUAAAGCCAUAUUUAAUCAAGCUGAUACGAAUCGAGAUGGUGCAAUAAGUCGAGAAGAAUUUCAACAAUGGGCUCAAGCUGGCCAACAAAAUUAUGGUGGCGAACAAUCUUAUUCAGCAGGAGCAAAUAGUUAUCAAACAUCGGGAACAAAUUAUGCUAAUGUUAAUAACGGUUUAUAUCCAGCAACUGUAUUCGAUGGAGCAAAUCCAGAUGUAGCUAAUAUUCUUCAACAAAGUGGACUUGGACAAGUUGUACCUAAUUAA